CCUCGUCCGAGGAGUCGGAAUAAUAGUUCUCGGCGAUCUGUAGCCGCAGGAUGCCCUUGCUGCUGCCGAUCAGCUGCACCACGUCGUCGUGCGGCACCUUGCUAACGUUGUGGCCGUUCACGGCGACGAGCCGCGAGGCGCAAAUAGGUGCAUUGGUGCAUAUAGAGCUCGCACGUGACCCGCUCUUUGAAGUGAACUCGCGUUUGGAAAGUCACCGGCUAACAGAUAAUAAUCGGCGGCCGAUAACGGACUGUUACAUAAAUCGUCGGCGAGGACGAAUUGCAUCGGUUGUGGGAACACGUCUAUUGUCAUCCAUGGCUCAGGCACUGCAGACUCACGAAGUCAUUCCAGAUGUGGUGGACAAGGUGCCCGCCGACGUCCUGAACAUUACCUAUCCCAACAAUCUCGCCGUUGAGAUAGGCAAGGUGCUCACACCGACUCAAGUCAAAGAUCAGCCUACUGUGCAGUGGAAUGCAGAUCCAAAUGCAUUUUACACCUUGUGCAUGAGUGAUCCUGACGCCCCAAGCAGACAGGAUCCUAAAUUUCGUGAGUGGCAACACUGGCUAGUAGGCAAUAUUCCUGGAUCGGAUGUGUCUAAGGGAGAGGUUCUACAUCAAUUCAUCGGUUCUGGACCUCCACAGGGUACAGGUCUCCACAGAUAUGUAUUCUUUUUGUACAAACAGCCUGGAAAGCUUACUUUUGACGAGAAGCGCUUAACCAACCGAAGUGGUGACAACCGUGGCAAGUUUUCCACUAAGAAAUUUGCUGCUAAAUACAAUCUCGGCGAUCCGAUUGCCGGUAAUAUGUAUCAAGCGGAGUUUGACGAUUACGUACCGAUUCUCUAUAAGCAACUGGGAGUUUAAUUUUCUACAUUGCAUACAAUUUACAAUGAUAUACAUAACAAUGGUUUAUACAUAACAAAUGGUUUAUACAUAACGAUGUAUAUUCAAUAGUUUGUUGAAUAAAUACACACCAAAUAUUCUUCAA